AUGUUGAUCAAAAGCCCUCUCCUGGCUGUGGCCGCGUUCUCGUCUUCGGCGCUCGCUGCUUUCGGCGCCUCUCAGAGUGGAGACACGAUCACUAUCGAUGCCGGCUCAGCCAACCCGCUCAUCUUCCAGGUUAAUUCCAAGAGCUGCGACGUCAGGUCCAUCAAGUACCGCAGCGAAGAGCUACAAUACCCAUCGACCUUUACGCAUAUCGGUUCUGGCCUAGGCUCUGCGACUGUGAAGUAUGAGAUCAUUAGCAACCAGUAUGUUAAGGUAACUUGUACCACGUCCACCUUGACGCAUUAUAUGGUUGUGAGGAGCGGCGACCCGACCAUCUGGAUGGCUACGUACACUACUGCUGAACCUUCUAUCGGCGAAUUGCGAUUCCUUGCUCGUCUGAACAACAAGAUACUUCCGGACCAGUACCCAUACGACUUGGUAUCGACGACUGGUGGAUCAAGUUCGACCAUUGAGGGUUCGGAUGUUUUCGUGGUCAACGGUCAGACACGAUCGAAGUUCUACAGCAGCGAGCGCUUCAUCGAUGACACCAGGGUAUGGUCCUUCUCUUUCAAUCUGACCUGGGCUAAUAAAAUUCAUGCAUGCAUGCUCAUGAACUCGUACUCCUACGAAGGCUCGUCAGGUGGUCCCUUCUUCCGUGACAUCAACACCAACAACAAUGGAGACUACACAUCACUUACCUUCUACAUGAACUCCGGGCAUGUUCAGACUGAGAAGUUUCGCAUGGGCCUUCACGGCCCCUAUGGCCUGGCAUUCACACGCUCCGGUAUCCCAGAAGGUGGCAACAAAUUGGACACGACCUUUUUCAAAGACCUCGGCAUAACCGGCUAUGUCGCUCCCUCAGCUCGCGGUACAGUCACCGGAACAGCGACCGGCAUUGGGUCCAAUUUCCAAAAGGUUCUCCACUGGUACAAUGACGCAGCCCAAUACUGGGCGUAUGCUGACAGCGCUGGAAACUUCGCUUCGCCUGCUAUGAAGCCUGGAACGUACACACAGGUCCUCUACCGAGGCGAAUUCAAAGUCAAAGCCUCCAGCGUCACUGUCAGUGCAGGAAAGGCAACAACCGCCAACAUCGCCGCCGACACCGAGACCAAGACAUCAAUCUGGAGAAUUGGCGAAUGGGAUGGCCAGCCGACAGGCUUCAGGAACGCAGAUAAGCAACUUCGCAUGCAUCCCACUGAUUCGCGCAUGGCAUCCUGGGGUCCCCUUACGUACACCGUCGGUUCCAGCACACUCAACGACGUGCCCAUGGCGAUCGUCAAGGACAACAACCCACUCACAAUCAAGUUUACUGGCACGCAUACUGCGGCUGCUACCUUGCGUGUUGGUACCACGCUAGCGUUUGCGGGAUGUCGGCCGGCAGUGGUGGUAAAUGGAUACAGCCCUGCUAAUCCGGCUGCGCCAAGCAAGAUUGAUUCUCGAGGGUUGACCCGUGGCGCCUACAGGGGCUUUGGCGAAGUUUACAAUUAUGACAUCCCAGCGGGUAAGCUUGUCAGCGGAAGUAAUUCCAUCACCAUUAGCUGUCUUAGUGGUUCGUCUGGUGGGGGCUUCUUGGCUCCCAAUGUCAUCUUGGAUGCAAUAGAGCUGUUCAAGUAG